AUGUUCCACCUAAAGAGAUAUAACAAGACGGAAGAUAACAACCCGGUCCUUGUUGGUAAGGAGAAGGAGCUUUAUGAGUCUAAAAACUGGCCAAAAUCGUUUUCUAACCCCGUCGACAUCACAAAGGUUAAAAUCGACGCCUUUAAACCAUGGAUUUCAAAGCGAGUAUCCGAUUUGAUGGGAAUUGAGGACGAUAUUGUCAUCGAUUACUGUAUGAGCCAGCUGAAGGAUCUUGGAGAAUCUGACGCCAAGAGGAACACCCAGCUUGCAGAGGAUGGAGGUGCAGUGUUUAAUGAGAAACCACGCUUGGACCCCAAAAGGCUCCAGAUUAGCCUAACGGGUUUCAUGGAAAAGAAAGCCGGAAUUUUUGUUAGGGAGCUCUGGGACCUUUUACUGUCAGCACAGUCUAGUGAGGAAGGGAUCCCCCAAGCUUUUAUUGAUGAAAGGAACAAAGAAAACGAAACAACAAAGGUUGAACAAGUUAAUAACCAUGAAAAAAGAGAAAAUUCAAAUGAUUCAUCAUACUCUUCAUCUCGUACCAGAACUAGGAAUCAUUAUGACCACAAAUACAGAGAUGACCCAGAAAGAACAAAAAGGGAGUCUGAAACAGAUCAUGGUAGGGAGAGGGAAGAUAAGGUACACAGCUACAGGCGCCAUGAUUUGAAGAGAGAACACAUGGAUCGCCACAGAAAAGACGAAUCAUACAAACAUCGCAGUGAAAGAAGGGAUCGAAGACGCUACAAAUCUAGCUCCAGAUCUAAAUAUCCUUCUAGGGAUCUAGAUAGUUCAGAAUCAGUGCAUAGAUCCAGAUCGAGAGAGUUUCACUCUCGAAAGCAUAGACGUAAAUCCCGUUCAAGUUCAUACGAGAACUACAAGAGUCGAAGGAGAAGGUAUGUCUCCUCAGAUUCUCCAUCACAUGGCCGUGAACAUCGUAGACGUGGACACAGACACCACCGUAAAAGUUCUCCCACCCAUCGCUACCCUAGGAAGCGAGAUUACUCCUCCAGCUCAUCGAGCUUGGAUCCAGGUACUUUUAACACCCCAUUUAAUUACCUUUUAGAACAAGUUAGAGAAAUGUCAAAGAGGGGCCGAAGAGAGACCCAUAGCUGA